AUGCACGGGGCUAUCGUCUUCACCUUUCUCUUUCAUUUUAGCCAUGCCCUUGGAUUCGCUGGAAUCCCUUUCCUCUAUGCCACGGAGAUCGCGCCCUCAAACCUGCGUACGGCCAUCAACGGUAUCAGCGUCGGCACGUUCUGGGCUUUUACCGUUCUGAUCGCCGAAGUCACUCCCCGAGCACUCGAGACGAUCGGAUGGCGUUACUUCAUCUUCUUCGCUGGGUUUAACGUUUGCAUGAUCCCUCUCAUCUACUUUCUGUUUCCAGAGACCGCCGGCCGCAGUCUCGAAGAGAUGGAUGAGAUUUUCACCAAGUCCAAGAAUGUCAUGGACCCUGUUCGAGUGGCGAGAAGCCUUCGACGCCGACGAUUGGAAGAUUUGCCAGUCCAGAAAGGUGAUUUCUGGUCCGAACAAGCAGAUUAUAGUGAUCCGUGCCGACUGCUGCACCACAAGUGUAAGGACUGCUGGCCCCCUUCAGGCACAAGAUUUGUCUUACCAAACCUUGCAGGCGACGCGAAGCAGCCGCAAUGCAGUCGAUGUAUUCGGGCUGGUCGGGCAUGCGUGAGAGGGAACCGUGAGACCCAAUUUCGUCAGGCCAAAGGCCGAGAUUCACGCACUCGGUUUCCACGCAACCAAGUUUGGCUGCGACCGCCACCACGAGUGGAUUUUGUACUCGAGUCAGGCAAUGGGGAGUCUGAUGCCUUGGUCGAAAGCGCAGUGGCGGGCGCGGUGGUAAGCAGUGAGGACCAGGCACAUCCCGACACCAAUUCUGGUCAUGUCUCGAAUAGAAAAUCCUAUUCCACAACAAGAUUGCCGGCCUUAUCAGAAGAAUUUGAUGCGGUUAUCCGGAAACCGGAUGCGAAUGGGAUCCGACAACUCUCUAGUCGCCAGGUGUCUGAGAACAGGGCCGUCCGCUCCAAGGAACGAUCCUGGCCUCUGAGAGACGCCGAGGAAGCCGAUCUCUUGCUGCAUUUCUGUCGGUAUCCUCUUCUAACGGCCUCCCAGUUUGAUUGCACAGAUUAUCAACGGCAUUUUGCUCUUCACAUUCCUUAUCGAGCGCGACAUUGCGAGACGCUAUUCAAUGCAAUUCUGGCAAUGUCAGCAAGACAUCUGAGUCGCACCGCAUCUUUUGACCCAUUUGUUUCAGAUCAUUACUUUCAUUUGUGCCUGGAAAAGCUCAUCCCGGCGCUUAAUGACCAUGAAGUUACCAUGGAUGAUGAUUUACUGGCUGCCACAGUCAUUUUAAGACUGUUAGAAGAGUAUGAUGCUCCCUUGGCGGGUUCGGACCUUCGAGGCCAUUCGUUUGGAACCAAGGCCUUCAUUCAAGGCCCGCCAACAACGGCAACGACAACGCCACGCCUACGACAAGCCGUAUACUGGAGUGGCUUACGCCAAGAAAUUUAUAAUUCGCUCAGCCUUCAACAAGCACCAGAUGUUGAUAUCAGUUCCCUUCAUUCUCAAUUUAGCUGGCUCGGUCAAGACGUCGACGAUUGCACAUGGGCAAACCAAGCCAUUGCACACUGCACCGAUGUCUUGAUGUUCUCAUUUGGCGAUGGCCCGCGUUCGGCCGCUGUUCAUUCCGAGCUGCAGGCAAAAAACCAAGAAUGGUCGGAUAUGCGCCCAGACUCCUUUGACCCGUUUUUCAUCGACAGCGAUGAGGUGGAGGUUGGAACCGCAUUUCCUGAUAUUCGGUUUCAUUCUGCUUGGCAUGCAAUUGGGAAUCAGUAUAACCAUCUUGCUCGGAUAUUGCUGAAUGUGCACGACCCUAAUCUUCCCACGAUUGGGCCACUGCGAAAACGCUUUAUUCAAAAGGCCGAUAACAUGAUUCGAAAGGGGGUAUGGACUGUAUGCGGCAUCGGACUGUCCAACGCUUCUGUUCCUCCGGCCAUGGUCGUCGGAUGCAUGGCGAUCCAUAUCUGUGGCGAUCGUUUUACGGAUCAUCAGCAGCAAGACUUGUUGGUUCAGGUCCUUGUCCAAACGGAGGCAGUGCACGGCUGGCCAACUCGUGCCCUUCAGCGACAGCUCCGGGACACCUGGGGUCUACCCUGA